AUGAAGAUGCGUAUGGGCGAUUCGAAUCGGUUAGAGGCGUUCCCCUCCCACUUCACGCGGAUGCGGAGGAGUAACGUUCCGGACUACACCCAUGAUCCCAUGACCACCAUCAUCUACCUUCUGCGCCGCGACGUGCCUCCAAGAUGGCCAUCAGACAACUGUACACUCAUGCUCCCUGACGAGGUACUUCGCAACACGAGACGCAAUCGGAUCGACUCCUUCGCCAUCAUAGACGGGCCAGUCCCCACUCCCGCAUCCCCUCGCCGAGCUCGCGACGGGUGUCAACACCCGGCCACGCGCGUGCUCGGCAACGCCUUCAUCCUUGGACGUACUCGCCAUUCUCCGACGAACGUCUGCAUUCCCCCCAACGUGGUCGCGUUCUUCGGCCUCUUCAUGCGCCUCCGUCGGCCACCUCACCUACUGGCUCUCCGAAUCUCACGCGCGCAUCCUCAGCGGCUCCACGGCACGUUCCCGAUCUCGGAUCGCAAGCCGCGGCGCAUGCUCACGGACCUGCUUCUCCACGCUCACCGCGCUCCCAGCCGGUUUCGCGCGCGCGCGGACAUCGCCGUGCGGGAGGCGCCGCUCGAGCCAACGAGCGCAAUGCACAUGUUCAUGACAGGGCACCCGCUCCCGUGGUGGUCGCCACAGGCGCCGUUCCAGCUGUGCACGCUCCUCGUCCUGUGCCGCGUGGACGCCAUCUCUCUCGGCUCGCUCGCCGAGGCCGACCUGAUCCGGCGCGUGUUCGAGGACCGGCCGUGGGCGCCGGUGCCAGGGACGGCGUUCGUGCUCACCGAGCUCGAGUACGUGCACCGCAGCAAGUCCGUACGGGUCCGGAUGAGCGAAACGCGGGUGGUACGGAUGCGGGAGGAGAGGUGGUGCACGGUGCUGUGCCGAGGCGAGAAUCGGUCCCAAGUGCAGCGCUCGACGAAACAACCUGCGGCCCAUCGGGUUGAACCUGCUCAGGACGGCAGGCAGGACGCGCUGCUGCUCAAUCGCGCGCCGCUAGCUGUGAGGCCUGCAGCGCGCAAGCCUAGUCCGACGGGGGCGAAGCUUUCGAGCAAGCUUCAAGCUUUCCGCCAGACCGUCAAGCCUGCGGGAAGGGAUACCGGCGGGGAUGCGAUCGUGAUCGGGCAGCGGCGGGCGCGGGCGCAAUCUCCGCCUUCUCCCUCUGCCGCCACCGGUGUCUUGGAUACUUGGCACUCGAGUUACUCAUAUUGA